AUGCCAGACGAUUUUCCGUGGAUAGAUUCCAUGGCGUCCUCUUCGUACGCGCAAGAUCAUGGCGUGCAGCUGGAUAGCCAGCAGCCGACCGUCGCCGCUUUCUCGCCCACCACCAUCGCCGGUUCGUCUUUGACCUCGAGACAGCGCUCCAGUGUCAUUGUCCAUCGCAAGUCGCCGUUGCUGGUCGCUACUCCCCCCGCCGUCACGCGAGCCUUAGCCUAUUCGCACCCGUUCAUUCUGCCGUUGAAUAAGUUGGCUGGCCUGUUGACAUGGACCUCGGGUGAUCCAUGGGAGAGUUUCCUGCUCGUCGCAGCCUUCUGGGCGGUGGUUAUGUAUGGCGAUGCCGUUAUUCACUGGGCCGGUCCGAUUCUCGUUGUGAUCGGGUUGAUCCUGGGAAUGUACUGGCGUCGCUAUUCUCCGCUAUCCUCCCGCUCGUGGUUUGAUCAAAAGCCCAAUUCUACGGACUAUCAGAAGGCAGCAGCAGACGGCGGGACAGCUCGACACCAUACCAGCUUAGACGAAAUCGUCGAAACCUUGCGUACCUUCACCACCCGGUGUAAUAUCCUCCUCGAACCUCUACUCGAUUUGACCGAUUUCCUCUCCACCCAGCGGACGGCCACUUCCUCUACCACCAAACCAGCCCUGACUGCUCUAUUCUUCCGCAUCCUCUUUGUCACCCCGAUAUGGAUCCUCUUGACCCUCCCUCCGUUCUACCUGCUCACCACCCGCCGUGUCGUCAUGCUGGUGGGCACCUCUUUUCUUACAUAUCACUGCCGACCGGCACGAGUCGCCCGGGUUAUCCUGUGGAGAUCUCUCUUUGUCCGGCGGAUUUGUUCAAUGAUUACUGGUCUCCAGUUUUCCUCAGAGAUCGACAAGUCCCAGUCGAUCAGAAGCGUGACUCGCGGCCCUGCUAAGGACAUGACAAUCAAACGCAAUCCGGAGUCGUCAGGUAUUCGCUUCACUUUUGUCAUCUAUGAGAACCAGCGCCGUUGGCUUGGAAUAGGAUGGACGUAUUCCUUGUUCCCGUCUGAGCGGACGGCAUGGACAGAUGAGCAUCUCAACAGCGUCCCGCCAAGAGACGAGUUUGAACUGCCGGAUGUGCACAGCGGCAAUGCUGAAUGGCGCUGGGUGGAAAGCAGUGAGUGGCGGAUAGAAGGUGCUGAAGAGUCCAGUGACAAGGCGGAUUCUAAGUCGUCAGAUGGUGGGGGAUGGAUAUAUUACGAUAACAAGUGGAACGAAGGCCGUCGGGGCCAAGAUGGAUGGGAUCGAUAUACCCGCCGAAGAAAGUGGUACCGUGACGCCGAACUCGUCGAAACCCCACCCCCCGAAGACAUGGCAGAAUCCACGUCCACCUUAACCCAAGCAUUGCAAAACGAACAGAAUGCCGCCGAUGAUGAAGAUGCCAAGAGCACCUCCCAAUCGACUUCGUUCAAAGCACGACGCAGACGUUGGUUCGGGAGUUCGAAGAGUGUAAGCGACAGAUCCAGCUACAGUACCCCUACUGGAGCGGCAUCCUCCUCCACCUCUAUAUCCACCACCAAUCCCUCUUCCGUUACAAACCAAAAAAUAACAUCUGCCACCAAUAACAGUCCCUCCGGCUCCAGGCCAAUUAACAUUAAGUCAUCACCAUCAUCGUCUCGUUCUCACAAACCGUCGAGCCAUUCAAGUCAUAGCAGUUUGGGUCGCGAAGGGAAUACACACGGGAGUAUUAGUGAUAUCCGCAGUGUCCGUGACAGGGAGAUUGUCAACGCGCAGGAUCGUCUUGAUCGUUGGGGCACGCGAGCUACCGGUGGCACCGAGAGGGUUGAGAGGGAAUUGGGAUUAAGUGAUGAGAUGAAUAUGGGGUUGAGUUGA